AUGGCGAGCCCAACGCGCAAUUUCAAGCGACCAUCUGGCGCGUGGGGCCGAUUGAAAAGUAUUUCUACGGAUCCACUAGAUGCCGUAGGCUUACCAUCGAAGGGGGACACCAAACUCCUAGACCCCAAAGCACAAGAGAUGUACUUUACCAAUAUAGUAGCUCGGUAUACCAAAUUCUGCGGCAGAGCCGGAACUAGCGAGAAUCUCGACAAAGCUUUUGCACUGCUAAGCCUGAACGAAUCUGCGCCCAAAGGAUCGGGUCCAGGAGCAGGGUCCGGCACGACAACCCCUAGCAAUGCAAGUCCAGCAGACAAAAACGUCAGCCCUACUUCUGCUAGAAGCGGCACAAAUACUACCCCUUCUCCGCCGAAAAAGAAAAACAACAAUAAUAAUAACAAUGAUCCCGAGGUGCUCAACAAAGAGCUCUCCGUUAUCCUCAUGGCUCUGCGCAAGCUCCGCGAGGCCCUCGUAGCUACUUCUCGCAUUGACGCGUUUGCUCAACACGCAUAUCUCUUCAGCAUCCGCGCAAGCAUUCUCGUACAACACUACGAGUCCUACCAACCCGCGUUACUGCAUCUACUGCAUCGAAUCCACCUAUUGCACCCACUACCGCCUCCAGAUCUGCACGAGUGUGUUGGUUACUUGGUCCUUGAUUUGGCUUGUCGACAGCAAAAUAUCGGCGCAGCGUAUGCAGCAAAGAUACAGUAUAAAUAUUCCGAUCGCCGGGUCGAGCUGAUUCUCAAAGCACUGGCGCAUGAGAACUGGUACGCGUUUUGGCGCCUUCGUCAGGCAGUCAAUGGCUAUCAGACCCGCUUGCUUCAGCCGGCUGAGCAGGAGCUCAGAUUGCACGCGCUCAAGUGUCUCGGCCGUACAUAUUUUACGGUUGAGAAGCCCUACCUUGAACGUUCGACAGACAUGAGCUGGGAAGAGCUUACUCGGGGUGGAUUACAAGUAGGGUGGGUCCUUGAGGGCGAUAAAGUCGUUAUCAGGAGGCCAAAGGCGAGGUGA